AUGGCCCCCUCGUGCAACCCUAACGUCGCCGUCAUGCUCGAGAGCCGCUCGCUCGCCAUGAGCGCGAAGAAACUUUCUAUGGGCUUCUGGCAGGCCACGGACGAGUCUGGCAGGGAGAAUGGCGACGCGCGCUCGAAGCUGUUUCUAGACGAAGACCCGUGGAAAUGCGACGCGAGCGAUGCGAUCGGCGAUUGCCCUGUGCGACGAGCCGACGCGGUCUUCGUGGCCGCGGUAUGUGGGGAUUGGAGGGCUGCUGAGGGCUCUGUGUCGCAGCGUGUGCACGCGGUGUGCGCGGCGUACGCGCUGACGGCCGUGACCAACAUGCCGACGCUCGCCCUCUGGCCCGCCGACCGCCACCUGCCCGCCACCACGUUCCGCCACCUCUUCCGCCUCGCGCACGACCCCGCGCCUUCCCCCGCGUCAUCCCGCGCGCGCGGCGAGAGCGGGCGCGAGGGGGGCGUGUGGGUACAGGACACGCCCGCCGAGGCGGGCAUGUUGAGGCGCGCGCUCAAGGGCCGCCGACGGGUGGCGUUCAUGCCAUGCAAGAACACGACGGACGGCAAGCCCGCGCCGUCCGCCAGCGGGCUGCCGUUCAAGGUCUUUCUGUCGCCGGCCGUGCGGGAGAAAUCCACCGGCCCCCUGCGCGUCGACGCGUGCGCGUUCGAGCGCGAGGUGGACUCGUGUCUGGCCGCGAUUCGCCCGUCGGCCGCCGUGGCGGCGAUUGUGGUGGAGGAGGACCUGGCGCGCGUGGCGGCGUCCAGCGCCGUGCUGGUUGACGUGAGUGUUGGAGAGGGGUGCAGUGCGCCACCUUCCUUUCCCUUUCCUCAUUUCCGCUGCCCCCCUCCUUUCCCCUGCCCCCCUCCUUUCCCCCUGCACACUGCCAACAAUGGCACCUCUCUCCUCCUCGCUCUCUUCACCCACCAGCAACUGACACAAGGCGUGUGCUCCGGCUGCACCGCCAACUCCAACCGUUCUGCACCGCACUGCGCCAUGCGGCGAGUGACAAUGGAGUAUCUGUACGACCCAGCAGUGAGCUUCACAGCGGGAGGCCUCAACACGUCGGACGUCACGGUGCUCAGCAGCUACUUCAGCCCUCUCAGAACCCCGCUCGUGCUCAAAAGCACCCAGCAGCGGAAUGCGUCGUGCCGCGUCGGGGGAGUGGAGGGGAGGGAAGAGGGGGAGGGUGACAGGAGGGAGUUGGUGGAGAGUGGGGAGGAGGAUCGGGUGGUAGGCGGAGUGAAUGGGAGCGUGGUGGCGGGGGGAGGAGGUGCAGGGCUGGUGGUGCAACGCGGGUUGGAUCGAGCGCUUGGGGCGCAAGUGACGAGGUGCAGCCAGCUGCAGGUGAGCUGCCAUGCUCCAGGGCGCACGGUUCUGAGAGAUCUCGUCUCAGGAGGGAACGAUGUGGCAGAGCUGUUCACGCUCAGCUUCGCCCGGGGGCUGCUGGCAGUGAACCGAUCCUCCAUAGAAGCGCGCUUCGUUACAGCGCAAGGCCGCGCGCGGUCGGCGUCGUUCGGCGUGCACCGGUCGGUGUGCGAGUCGGUGGAGCUGCGGCCAAUUAUAAAACAGAAGUGGGCCAUGUUCACUCAAGUGGAAGAAAAACUUAAGCUCAUGGUGUGCACGAUGCCCAAGGUAGCAGCCAACUCGUGGCUCAUGUGGCUGCGCGCCAUGCUGGGGCAGCCGCACCCAGAGGACCCCAUUCUCGCGCUGGACCCGCGGCGGGCGGGGUGGCACAUGCUGACGCUGCACUUCACGGAGCAGCAGGCGGUGCAGCAGGUGACCCGCCCGGACUUGUUCAAGUUCACCUUCGUGCGCAACCCCUUCUCCCGCGUGCUCUCCGCCUACUCCAACAAGCUCGUCAUCACGGAUGCGCCCCACAACAAGACCGGGCCCGGGUCCAGAGAGUAUUGGAACGAGCAAUUCUUCAAGUACAUUCGGCCGCAUUGGGAGAAGGUGAAGGGAAAGGACGACCUGGUGUCGUUCCCUGACUUUGUGAAGCUCGUGGCGAAGCUCAUGCAGAACCACCGCUGGCGCAUGGACCGCCACAUUGCAUCCCAGUCGGACAUUUGCUUCAUGGACAAGAUCAAGUACGACUUUGUGGGGCGGUUUGAGAAUCUGGAGGAGGAUGCCAAGAAUGUGGUGAACCGAUUCGGAGGCGAUCAUCUCGACAUCUUCAACUUCGGCGUCAACGCGCACCAGACCCGCGCCGACACCAAGCUUGCGAAAAAAUACGACAAGGAAACAUACGAGCUGGUGAAGCGAGUGUUCGCGCGCGACCUACACAUCCCUCUCAACAACAUCACUCAACAAGCCCCCUCUGUCCUUGUGGACAUGUUCGAGACAAAAUAA